AUGGGAAGACUUAUCAAAAAUCACUGGGCGCGACUUAUUAUCCUCACUGCCUCAGCUUACCAAAUUGGCGCGGCGAUCGAAGGAUUUAUCUGGCCGAAGGUGUUCUGGGACUUUAUGACGCUCAACCUGAACGGCGCUGUGAAUCCAGUCCCUGUUCUUCAGAUUCUCAACCUCCUCUUGGGCCUACUCGGACUUGCAUGGGAAUGGCCGUUGAAAUAUGUCGCCGGCUCCCUCGCGCACCGCAGCAUCGAAUUCCGAUUGAUCUUCUAUCCCCUCAGCGCUCUUCUAUCCAUGCUCCUCUACCAGGGAACGGACCCUGCUCUAUACUAUGUUAUUGGAAUCGGGGUGUAUUUCUGGGCCUACAGUGAGGGCGAGGUCGUUUGCCCUGUGCCAUGGACCCUCCCGAAACGAAGCGAAUACAAGGUAUAG